UUUCAAUAGAAUACUAACCUACAAUUCGUGACGUAAUAUUACUAUAACCUAUAUUUUUAAUCAGUCUGAUUGAAAAGUAAAGGAAAACACCAUGAAGCCACCGCAGACCAGCGAAGAGAUGGCCAUCUCGUUGGGUCGUCGUAUGGUCCGACAAAGAGAACGUUGUAUUGGUAUGACAGAUGAAGAACGUGCAUGGCGUGCACAAUUUUUAAAGGACCAAAUAUUAGAUCCUAGUGAACCGGUAAUACCAUCCAAUUAUUAUAAAGAAAGGUAUAAUCCAAUUAGAAGAUUUUACAGAGCACCUUUGGAUAAAUUUGAAAAGAUGUUGGUUCCUAUGGUGGGUACUACAUGGGCUGACGCAUUACGUCAUGUUACAGCAAAAAGUAUAAUGGGAAUAAUUACUGUAUAUGCUGCUUGGUAUUACUUUAAAUAUAAUAGUCAUGAUUGGACAAAAACUGGAGGUUGGAGAGUAUCAAUGUCACGUACUAUACAAUUUCCAAGUGAUCCAGGUUUCCCUAACGUUCAUAUUAAAAGAGAAGGCAAAGAAUUUGCACAAUAUGGAUUCGAUAAAUCACCAAUAUAAAAAUAUUAAUAAUAUUAUAGUGUAUAUAUAUAUAGUUGUUUGAUAUAAUAAAGAAAUAGAAUAUGAUAGUGAUGAAAAAUU